ACCCUAAGGAGAUCCUACAAGCAAUGAACUUGCCUGAUCUUACUAGGAUGCAAGUUGCGAGUCACCUGCAGAAAUGUCGUCGCAAUAAUUGGAGAUCUCCAGAGGAGAGAAAAAAUAUUCGUCACCGAUCAACCAAGCGACGCACGGUCACUUUUCAGGAACCAAAAAGCAACUUUCGAAAAUUUGGGGUAAUGCCUUCUCCUCAAGCAAAUGUACCAAAUCAACAAUGGAACCCAAAUCAAAUUCAACGAGGCACAUUUCCUACUCAUAAUACCACCAACAAUAUUUUUACUCAACGAGAGAGCUCAAUUCAACGACAACAACUGUAUCGUCCACAAUUUCAGGGAGCAACAUCAAUAAUGUCUGGUACAUACAUUCAAAAUGCAAUAAUUAAUAACUACAACUUGAAUGUCAACAAUGUGACAACUUAUUCAAGUAGGGCAAUGAUGCCUAAUGCUUAUGUUGGAAAUGUUACUAUUAAUGGUAUGGGAGCAACAAAUGCAAAUGCAAGCUCUCAACAAUAUGUGGGAGAACCAAUCAUGAAUGGUCCAAGAAAUAUUGAUGUGGCACCAUAUGAGAAUUAUGUUGAAGGGAGUAAUUCAAAUAAGAAGGAAAGUCGUGACGUAUAUUUAAAUUUUAAUAACAUGGAUAGUCACUUUCAGAAUCUUGGACCUUCAAGUGCUAACCUGCCUAAUGAACUAGACAGAGAGUUUGAUCAAGUUUACUCUGAUGAUCAGGAUCUUGGACCUCCAAAUGCUAACCUGCCUAAUGCACAAGGCAACGAGCUUGAUCAAGUUUACUCUAAUAUUCAGAAUCUUGAAACUCCGAGUGCUAACCUACCUAAUGAACAAGGUAGUCAGUUUGGUCAAGUUUACUCUGAUGAGCAGAAUCUUGGAUCUCUAAGUGCUAACUUACCUAAUGAACAAGACAAUGAGUUCGAUGAAGUUUACUCUGAUCAUUAGGUGUCAAGAGCAUCGAGCGCCCAGUUCUCAACUAUUGAUGAUAACUCUCAUUAGGCUCUUUGCAAUGGAAAAGUUGUUUUUCUCAAAUGGAAAUUGCAGUUUCAUGUUUUUGGAGAUUAUUUUAUUUGAUAUGACUUGGGC